UAGCCAGAUAUAUUAGUUGCGUAUUGAAAUAUCAUCGAUUUGCCUUUCGUUUCUGGUUUAGUUUGUAAUUCUUAGUGCAUACUGCACGCCUUUAUCGCGGAUUACAAAACAUGGAAGAACUGAGUGUCUACGCGGUUUUUGGAAUGGAUGAACCACCCCGUGAAAUUCUUGGUCCGACAGAACCCGGCCAUAAAACCAUUGCAAUACCUGCAUUCGUGCAACAGGUGGUGCUGUUCACCAAGGGGAUCUGGGGAAAACACUCCAGUGUCACUGUUGAAAUAAGUGAUGCAAAGCCAAAUCCUGUAAUUUAUGGCAAACUGACCCCUAAGAAUAAGUCUCUUUGUUGGGAGCACGGGGAAGAUGGCAUCUGGUCCAGUGGGGCUACACUCUCUGUUAAACUUGACAAUGAACUGAUGACUACGGGUGAUCUGCUGAUAUCAGACCUGACCAAGAAAGAGUUUACACCAGAGUGUGCAGUGGCCCCACUGGUCAUGCGAGAGGCCCCUGGGAAGAGGAAAAGAGGAGCACUAGAGCAGGAACAGGAAACUGCAGAUCAGGAGAACAUGUGCCCUAACAGCCAAGCCUCUGAGAAAACAACUCCGAACAGAAGGGGCCGAAACGUCCCCCGCGGUAGCCAGACGCGCCUCUUCCCCCAAAAGGACGAACAGCCGCCCGCUCAGGCCAGCACCCGCGCUCCCCCAAAUCCUAAGCCCAGGGGCAGACCGGCCAAAACUCCACCCCAAUCAGCCCCACUGGAUCGUCCCUCAGGCCGAUGGGGUCAGAGUCUCUGCCCCAUUGAUCCUCAAACAGCCAUUCUGAUUGGUGGACAAGGUGCAAAGAUGCAGUUCUGCAAGGAUCCUAUGUGGAAGCUCUGUACAGAGGACUCGUCCUGGGUGCCCGCUGAAACACUAGCCGAAGGCCCCACGCCUGAAGCCAGGAUUGGUCACUCUGCGACCUACGACCCCGAAUCCAAGCGGAUCUUCAUCUUCGGGGGCUCCAAGAGCAAGAAGUGGUUCAACGACGUGCACAUCCUGGACACCCAGAGCUGGCGCUGGAGCACGGUGGAGGCUCAGGGCAAGGUGCCCCCGCUGGCCUACCACAGCUGCAGCUUGUUCAGAGGGGAGCUCUUUGUCUUCGGCGGGGUGUUCCCUCGCCCCCACCCUCAGCCCGAUGGCUGCAGCGACUCCAUCUAUAUUUUCAACCCUGAGAUGGCCAUCUGGUACCAGCCCAUAGUGAACGGAGACAAGCCUGCACCUCGGUCAGGACACUCUGCUUGCGUGGUUCAAGGGAAGAUUUUCAUCUUUGGUGGAUGGGACACGCCUGUGUGUUUCAAUGACAUGUACAUGUUGGACCUGGGCUUGAUGGAGUUUUCUGCUGUGAAGACAAGUGGAAAGCCCCCUUCUCCAAGAAGCUGGCAUGGCUGCACUCUUCUCUCAGAGUCGCGGUUCGUGGUGCACGGAGGCUACAACGGCAACAAUGCCCUCAGCGACUCCUUCAUCUUCAAUACAGAGACCAGCUGCUGGACCACUGUGGUUCACCCCCAGCUAACUUCAGUCCCACGCGCUGGACAUUCCAUUUUCACAAUGACCACAGCAGACUCACAGAGCUCCAUGGAUGAGGAGCAGAUUCAAGAUUCAGAUGGGAGUCCCAAAACAUUGUUCAUUUUUGGAGGGGGGGACAAUGAAGGGAGUUUCUUCUCUGACCUUUUGACCCUUUCAGUGGAAGAGCUGGAGGAUUAAACUGGUGUCCUGGGGAAUAGUGUACAAAAUGAUGAGGAUUACAUUGUGGCCUACUGUAUAUAUUUACGUAUUAUAAUUACGAAUUGGAUAUAAUUCCUGUUAUGUUGGUACUUUUCCUCUAGUAGUAAAUAUCAGACGAUCCUCUAAAUUACACAGAAUUAUUGUAUCUCCAUCUCAGGUGAAGAGUCAAAUGUGUCAGUUUAUAAAUGCUUUAUUUUGUACUACAUAGCUAUAUAUUUGUUUUGUUUAUUCUAUCUUAUUCCUUACAUAGUGGUUUAAGACAACUUUACAGUUUGAAUGUUUUUUUUUUUUUUUUUUAAUCCUUUGGAAUGCUUCUGUAUAUAUUUUAUCCCAUGAUUU